AAGGUGAGGGGGAGUUAUAGGGUGCGUGGUGCAUGAGGCAGGAGAGCUCUUUUCCUCCUCCACACAGACCAACCCAGCAACAGCCACCAUGGCCCUCAGGGUUGCUCCGUCGCCGCUCCUCGCCUCCGGCGGCGGUGCCACCGCCUUCACUACCCCGCUUACGCCCAAGAAGAGAGGCGCCGGCCUGCUCCUCCUAAGCAAGCGCUCCAGGAUCUCCGCCCAGCUCGGUGGUGGAGGUGGUGGUGAUGGAGAGACCAAGCCUGACGGCAAGAAGUUCAUCACCAGAGAACAGGAACCAGAGCAGUACUGGCAGACUGCCGGGGAGAGGAAGGGGGAGAACCCCAUGAUGACGCCGCUGCCCUACAUUGUCAUCUUCGGCUUCUCCACCCCCUUCAUCAUCCUCGCCAUCGCCUUCGCCAACGGAUGGAUCAAGGCGCCCCUCAUCCGCUGAGCUCUCAUCGGGCUCUCGUCCUUCCCCUUCCGGCGAGAGAGAUGAUGACUUGCUUCCCUUCUAUAGAGAUUACUGUAAAGCUGUAUGUAAUUCAUUUCUUCGAAGAUCUUUAUAUAGUGGAGUCACCAGCUGCUCUGCAUUCAUGACUGCACCUGGUCUUGCAUAUAGAGUGAAAAGCCCUGUAUUUGUUAA